UGGACAAACGGUGUCGCAGAAUCCUUACACUCAGAGCCCCAGUUGGAAAGAGAACAUAGGUCUAAAAUUUCUACAAUCUUUGGGCUGGACAGACAACAAGAUGUUAAAAAACAUAGCACAGGAAAAUACCGAUUUGGAUUACUAUAGUAGUCGAAAAAUUGAUCCAGAUAAUCCGAAACAUGUAGCUAUAAGAGAGUAUGCUAAAAAUUUAUACGAUCACCGCCCUUGUAGCGAUAUACCCUCCGAUGGAGUAGAACUGGUGAGGGUUUUAGCCAGAGAUAGAAACAUGCCACGAAAAUAUUCCCUAAGCUCUACCGAUGUCACCAAAGUAAUGGAAAACAGAGUCGAAUGUGACAAUGAAUAUUUCCACAAUUUGCAGUCCCAAGUUGAUGAAAGAAGAGAAAAAAUUAAGUCGAGUAUUUUGGAGGACUUUGAAAAGUCAAAGCAACACUUCAAUACUUGGGAUAGCUUUUGGGGAAGGCCUGGCCAUGGAGCUCCAUUAGAAACCAGAAAAAAAAUACGAUUAGAUACUUUGCUAUUUCCACACAAAAGAUCCAGUAACUUUUAGUAAUAAAUUUAAAUAUACAACAAUAUGUUAAUUUUAUUAACGGACGACACUGUUUUGUUUUGUUUAUGUCCAUCACGUUUUUUAUGUUUAAAGUAUAGUUGUAUAAUUUGAUAGCAAUUGAAAUGUUUAAAAAAAA